AACUCAGCUCUACAGAAUUCUUAUAAGGGUAACUCAAGAAGAUAUACUUUCUUUUUUGGGGGUUUCCUCCUGCGCUUCAUCGGUCCACUGAAAAUUAAUUAACACAACGCUGUGAGAACAUGAGCAACUGUGGUUUAGAAGAAAAAAACGAAGGAGGAAAAAAAAAAAAGCAGAAAAGCGGAAUUAGAGUACAAGCCACAGCAGUCACACGAACACAGAAGUACUUUCAUCUCAGGGAUAACAGACUCACGGCAGGACUUUACAUUUAUUCCUUUCUAAACUGCUGAAGAAAAUGUUUCCCUCGUUUGUUUUUCGCUGUUUGUGCUUUUGGCAGCUGGUCGGUGUGUUUGCUGAUUCAGGGACAGUGAAGUCAGUAUCAGUGAUGGAGGGAUAUCCAGUCACUCUACAAUCUGGUCUUACUCAAAUACAGGAAAAUGAUUUGAUAUACUGGUAUUCUGAAGAUUCAGGGAUUCUUAUAGCUCACAUUAAUAAAGAAGCUGGACACUUCAACAUAUCUGAUGGGAGAUUAAAAGACAGACUGGAGCUGGAUCAUCAGACUGGGUCUCUGACCAUCAUGAACAUCAACAUCAAAGACUCUGGACUGUAUAAUGUAACCAUCAAAAGAAACAAUGUCACCAAUCACCGAUUCAAUGUCACAGUCUAUGCUCGUCUGCCUGAUCCUGUCAUCAGCAAUAUGCCUUUAAACUGUUCUUCUUCAUCAUCAUCAUCAUCACAGCAGACUUGUUCAUUGUUGUGUUCAGUGGAAAAUGUGGGUCAUGUGACUCUCUCCUGGUACAAAGGAAACAGUUUAUUGUCCAACAUUAGUGUGUCUGAUCUCAGCAGAAACCUUUCUUUAGAGGUGAAUAUUACAGAUAGUAACUCCUACAGCUGUGUGGUAAACAAUCCCAUCAGAAACCUAACUCAACAUCUGGACAGUAGUAAACUUUGUCAACCAUGUUCAGGUUUUAAAUCUCCCACAGCGCUGAUCUCUGCUGCUGCCGUCGGAUGUGUGUUGGUGGUUGCUGCCGUCGGUGUCUUCUGGAUCUACAGGAGACACAGAAAAACUAAAGUUGAGACAGAUCCGCCUCGUAAUGAAGAAAUCACUUAUGCUGAUCCAACAUUCUACAAUCAAAAAGCGAAGAAACCGAAAGUCAAACAGGAGGAGGAAGUGGUGUACGCAGGGGUGGUCAUGCAAACUUGAUCGGACUCAUUAAUGCUAGAACGACAGUCACAAUUACAAAGCAGAAUAUAAAGCUGUCUAUCUGCCAAAUUCGUUUUUUUUAUUAUUUGUACGGAAAAUACAGAACUUAGUCCAAUAUCACUAUUACGUCACUGUUCCCCAAUGUUUAGCGUCCCUAAAUGUGUCUGUUUGAGUUCAAAAUGUCCCACAGAUCAUUGAUUAUAUCAUUUAAAAAAUGAAAUUUUGAGUGGCAGCAGAAACGUCCUUUCCGUGCCUGUUUUUUUCUUAUGCGAAUGACGUUACUCCCCGUCCCCUUUUUCAGAAUAGAGCCGUUAUUUGCAAGAUCAAAAUGGAAAUGUACAGAUUAAGAGAUGGUGUUAUUAUAAAACGAUCCCUUCGCGACCUCACGAGGGAAGCGAGAUCAGACGUGCCAUUUUUUUAAAGGCUUGCAGAAAAUGGUUUACUAAAACAAAGUUAAUGUGUUACUAAUUCACGUUUCCUUGGAUAGUAGAUUCACUCACCUUUUUAUAGCUCUUAAGUCAGGAUAUAUGUGACCUUUAAAAUGUGUUCAAUGUUGGUUUAUGUGUUGACUAUGUCAAUUAAAUAUUUGCCAACUUA